AUGGGGGAUUAUAUAGAAGUGCUUAUUGGGGAGCACAUAGGGAAGUGUGGCAUCGUGCGUUGGCUGCCCAAAGGAGCAGACAGUCUGUGGUUCCAGGAUGGAACAUUGAACAUUCCAGUUCCCAUUUCAUUCAUUCGGCGGACCCACCUCCCCCACCUCCAGACAUUGCAGUACACGAAAGACAGGGGUUAUGAUGUGAAACCUGGAGAUGUUGUAAGAGUGGUUCGUGGGCCAGAGUAUCUGAUGAAAGGGGUCGUUCAAAGCGUCGACUUUCCAAAAGCUCGCUUGACCCUACUCUCUGACAUUGACCGUUUGCUCGUUGACAUUCCCAUCUCAUUCGUGGCAAAAGUACACAACACCAACUUUGAUUCUUUCAAAAAGGAAAUCGGUCAAGAGGUAUUUAUCAUUGGAGGCGACCGUAAGGGCUACCGAGCCACACUGUACAGUGUCACCUCUGAGACUUGCACCGUUGCCGUGCAUGGGCAGCAGCACAUCAAGAUCGAACUCAAGGACGUUGCAACCAGUGUCACACCCCCACCCGAAAAGGUUCCUUCAUUGGUUACCAUCACAGGCACCAGCACGUCGACAUCCAUGUGGACCGCCUGGACCUCCAGCCCCAAUGAUCAGACCGGUAAUCCUUUGCCCAGUGUCAAUCCCAACUCUUUGACUACCGAAUCCAACCCCUGGACUGUCAACGCCGACGAUACACUAGAUAGCAUCGAUGCUCGAAUGGAGAAACCCAAAGAGGGCCUGCUAGCUUGGCUGAUGAAGAAGGAAUUUUCUUCCAAGCUCAACACACAUCACGUGAUGUUAAAAGUUUCACCCUCCUUCAUGGGAGGCAGGCUACACAACUGUGCAGGCGCCACGAUUCAGCACUAUCAUAUACCCAUCACAGAUCUGAGCCCAGCCCCUCCCCACAAAAAAAACCAACAGUGCCUUGUUCUGGACGGGAGUCAUCGUGGUUCCAUUUGUAAUGUAGCUAAGUGUAACCUUAAGAAGAACACUGUGGAUAUUGUACACACGACUACGUGA